AUGGCCGAGUCCGCCUUAGCAGGUCAAAAUUGGAUGCUCAUUCGAGGGCUCGCCGGUGCAGCGAUCAGCCCGGUGAGAUUUAGCGAGGAGCAGACCGUUCUGAGUGUGCUUGCAGCUGUGCGUUCGUUGAGCUCAGUCGCCUCGACGACGGGGUGGAAAGGCAGAUGCGGAUCGAGCGUCUGGCCCUUGGUACCGGAGCCGGGCGUAAUUGGUGAACGGAGGAGGAGAGUUUUGCGCAAGCCACAGACGGACCGCAAGGGAUUGGUUCCUCUUCCCACACGGCCCUGUGCAAAAAGAACGGGCGAUGGGAAUGAUAUCGACUCGCAAGAGAGCAGCGCGAAGACUCGGGGAGGAGGCGCGGCUCUGCGGCCCUGGGCGAACGAGAUUCGAGGCACACGUCAAAGCUGGCCAGAGGGUUUGCGCGCCACGUCCUGGGAAGCGAAAGAAGCGUUUGGCAAGCUUCUUGACUACCUUGGCUGCUUCGAAGCAAACGGCGGAGAGCUGGAGCUGUGGAGGAUUUCCCAGCAACGGCGGGUGGAGAAGCAGGACGUGGUGCGGGAGGGUUGGCUAGAUCAGCGAGAUGGCAUCGUCGAGAAGAAGCGAACAGACGUCGAGAUGCGUGCUGGCCGUUUGAUAUGGCGUUUUGAUGGGAAAAAGCGUCUCCAUUCAAAGCGAAGCGAGCGUUCCGUCACCAGCCAUCCCGUCCUGUAUCGUUGGUUACAGUACGGUUACACCCCCAUGUGUCAGAUGACGAGGGCGGGACCCACUUUGCUGCCGUGGUGUGGCGUGCGUGCUGGCCAGGAGUGGUCAAGUGCCAAUACCGCGAUGAUACCUGAACGUUACGCGUCCGCUGAUUCGCCUAGACGCCGGCUGCUAUCAUCGCAGCUCGUGGCCAUUAGCUUGCAAGACAGCCGCGGCGUCGUCUGCGUUGCAGUUCUACUCGUUGGGAAUCGUCACAGGCCGACGGAUCUAUGCAUGUGGAUGUACUGCCGGGGGAACAAUCGACAUCACUCAAGCAACCAGCAUGGGUGUUUGCUCCUCUUCUUCAAUGAUCCUAGCUCUGUCCCAACACCAAUUGACAAAUCCUGUGUCUGCUGGGCUUUGCUGCUGAACGACCACAGCUCCAAGAAGAAACCUGAUACCCCCCUUCUCCCAGCGCCGGAACAAUGCUCGAUCAGCACUACGCCCGUCCUGUCCACUCCUGCCCUCAGCUCCCUCGCCGCCAGCACCCGUCCAACCGUUAAAUGGCUUAAUACUGCACGUCCGCAUUUUGGGGCUGUGCAGCCCAGCCACACUGUGGAGGCCCCGACUGGGUCCAUUCACGGCUUCUGA